AGUAAGUAUUUAGUCCAAUGCAUGUGGUCCAAAUUUAUACUAUCAACUUCAUUUGAUUUUAAGACACAGAAGACUAUAUUUUUAAUGGAGUGAGAAAAUAAUGAUUAUUGAAAUUUCCACAAAAAUACUAAUAUAUUAUUAUAUUCAAUUGCUAUUGUUAUUCAAUUCAACAAUGAACACAAAUAGCAAUGGUGAAAUCCUCCACCAACCACCAAAAACCUCAAGCUGAAGUAAAAUCUCCCAUUUGCCGCACAAAAACUUCCUUUGUUAUUAUUGGUUUGAAAUUUGUAUUAUAUAUAGAAAUGCUAAAUGAAUGAAUGAAUGAAUGCCUCAAUUCAUCAUUCAAAACCGUACGUAACCAAGACCCCACCCCCCCUCCCCAUGAACCUUUCUUCUAUAUUUUGAACACAGAGCACAUUCAUUCUAUUCAAUUCAAUCAUCAAAAAACAGAGCAAAAAAACAGAGCAAAAAACAGAGAGAAAUUAAGCAUUUACUAGAUCCAUCCAUCCAUCAAUGGCAUCUUCAGCUUCUACCAAACCAAUUUUCUCUUCACCUAUCAUCUCUUCUUCACAACCCAAAUCUUCAAAAUCCUCAAAUCUCUCAUUUCUAAGCUCCAACACUUUUGGAGUCAAACCAAACAAUAACAUCAACAACCUUAAACUCUCUUCCCAACAACAUUCCUUUGUAGUCAAAAGUGUUUUAAAAACUGCUGACCAAACAAAACAAACAACAAGUUCCAACAAUGUUGCUUUUAAUGAUGAAAAACCAACGAUCUUGGUCUCUGAGAAACUUGGAGAAGCUGGAUUACAAGUGUUAAGACAAUUAGGAAACGUGGUAUGUGCUUAUGAUUUAUCACCAGAAGAUCUUUGCAAGAAGAUCUCUAGCUGUGAUGCUUUGAUUGUUAGAAGCGGAACGAAAGUUACGAGACAAGUGUUUGAAGCAGGACAAGGAAAGUUGAAAGUUGUUGGUAGAGCUGGUGUUGGAAUUGAUAAUGUGGAUCUACAAGCUGCUACUGAAUUUGGUUGUCUUGUUGUUAAUGCUCCAACAGCUAAUACUAUUGCUGCUGCUGAACAUGGUAUUGCUCUUCUUGCUGCUAUGGCUCGUAAUGUUUCUCAGGCUGAUGCUUCCCUUAAAGCAGGAAAAUGGCUAAGAAACAAGUAUGUGGGAGUAUCUAUGGUUGGUAAAACAUUAGCAGUAAUGGGAUUUGGAAAAGUUGGAUCUGAAGUUGCUAGGCGUGCAAAAGGAUUAGGAAUGAAUGUGGUAGCUCAUGACCCUUAUGCUCCAGCUGAUAGAGCACGUGCUGUUGGUGUUGAAUUAGUCUCAUUUGAUCAAGCAAUCACAACCGCUGAUUUCAUCUCACUUCACAUGCCUCUAACUCCUACUACUAACAAAGUCUUCAAUGAAAACACUUUUGCUAAGAUGAAGAAGGGUGUGAGAAUCAUCAAUGUUGCUAGAGGUGGUGUUAUUGAUGAAGAUGCUUUAGUCAAAGCUCUUGAUAGUGGAAUUGUUGCUCAGGCAGCUCUUGAUGUGUUCACUGAGGAACCACCAGCCAAAGACAGUAAGUUAGUACAACAUGAGAAUGUGAUUGCUACCCCUCAUCUUGGAGCUAGCACAAAAGAAGCACAGGAAGGUGUGGCUAUUGAAAUAGCAGAGGCUGUUGUUGGUGCAUUGAAUGGUGAACUUUCAGCAACUGCUGUCAAUGCUCCUAUGGUUGCUCCUGAGGUGUUAUCUGAAUUGGCUCCAUAUGUUGUGCUGGCUGAGAAGCUGGGAAGGUUAGCUGUGCAGUUGGUAUCUGGAGGAAGCGGAAUCCAAUCUAUAAAAGUGGUUUACCGAUCGGCCAGAGGCCCUGAUGACCUAGACACCAGACUACUCCGAGCCAUGAUCACAAAAGGCAUCAUCGAACCAAUAUCAAACACAAUUGUCAACCUUGUAAACGCUGACUACAUUGCAAAGCAAAAAGGCCUCCGCAUAAGCGAGGAAAGAGUCGUUGUUGAUUCAUCUCCUGAGCUACCCGUUGAGUCGAUCCAGAUACAAAUAUCGCACGUGGAGUCCAAAUUCGCGAGUGCUGUAUCUGAGACUGGUCAGAUAAGCAUUGACGGAAAAGUGAAGUACGGUACACCACAUCUUACAUGUGUGGGAUCUUUCGGUGUGGAUGUCAGCUUGGAAGGGAAUCUGAUUUUGUGCAGACAGAUUGAUCAGCCCGGGAUGAUUGGCCUAGUUGGAAACAUAUUAGGUGAACAAAAUGUGAAUGUGAACUAUAUGAGUGUCGGAAGAAUGUCGCGUAGGAAGAAAGCACUUAUGGCUAUCGGUGUCGAUGAAGAACCAAAUAAGGAAGCUCUUACCAAUAUUGGAGCUGUGCCUGCUAUUGAGGAGUUUGUGUUUCUCAAGCUUUAGAAGUUGAAUGGAUUUCAACUUGAGUUUUGGAAAAUAAUACUAUAUAUAGGUAUUGAUUGGGGGCAAAUAAGUUAAUGAAUUUGUGAUUUUAGUAGAAUGCUUGAGGAAAGUGAUAGCUAUAUUAUGAAGUAAUGGAUGAUAGAGAAUAAAUAAAGGCUAGCUGAAAAUAAUAGCAGCUAGUAGUGUGUAGUGUGUGAAGUUUUGUAUCACGGUUUCAAGUUAUGUUUUCUAGCAUUAAAUAUGUACAAACUAUUUGUUAUUUUGUAAUUGAAGUUUUUUUGUUACUUUUGUUCACUGUUGCAAAACUAGUGUGCAAUUAUUUGAAAUGGAAAAAGUAGGUGAAAAAUAUAAUGUGAUGUACGACCAACUGGAACUAGCAUACAUAAGCAAUCCAUCUGUUUUCA